AUGGACAAAGAUAAUACCAACUCGUUAUACUAUCAAAACCGCUGUGGUUCCGGCCGACUGAUGUUCCGAACUGAGCAGGUGCGCGAUUAUCGUGGAUGCCGAGACGACAGUUGGGAAUUAAACGGACUUGAUUCGAACGGCAGAGAGAACACCGGAGGGCCGAGUCGCUUGGACAACGAGCAUUCCCGCAGCGUUGGUGCCAGUGGUGACUCGGACCCAGCGCCCGAUUCGCGCCCCUCCCCGCCGGAGCCCAACAAAGUGCUGCUCGUGCACGGGCUAGACCGAGUGCCCGUCAACUGCGAUAGGGUGUUCAAUCUGUUUUGCCUGUACGGAAACGUGACGACGGUGAAAAUCCUCAGAGACGACAAAGUGCUAGUGGAGAUGGAAGACGUGGAAGCCGCCAGACGGUGCGUGUCCAACUUGCAUAUGCUUCAGCUGGAUGACGACGUCUUCAUGAAAGCCAAGUAUUCCAAACAUAAUUUUAUUCACGAUCAAGUGAAUUUCAACAUACUGGCUGACGGUACGCCCGCUCAAAAAGUUUACUUGUCGAGCACAUUGAAUAGAUUCGUCCCGAACGUAUCGUGCCCGGACAAACGUCGUAUUGCAGCCCCGUCCAAAAUUUUACAUUUUUUCAACGCGCCGACCGACGUGUGCGGCAAAGCAGUGCACAGAGCUGUGUCGGACGCCCUGUGUCGUACGGACGCAAUACGUUCCAUAACUAUCCUACCCAAAAAACCGAAUGCCAAGUGUUCGACGGGAUUGAUCGAAUUGAAAAAUAUGGCGUUGGCGGCGAGAACCGUUUUAUUGGCAAACCACAUGACGAUUGAGUCGACAGUGUCCAGAUUUCCGUUUUUGACAAAACUGUGUUUUUCAAAAUGGUCGGCAAUCGAACAGAAAUCCGGAGACCCGACGACGCUGCAGUUCUGUUCGGUGCCGCGCACGCCGUGGCUGCUGCACAAGUCCGAACACGGCGUGCCCACGACGGAAUUUCCGAUCUCUUGCACGACCAUGGUGGACGGCUGUGGCGGCGGCGAUUGUAUGUGGACACUGUGGGUGGUAACGGCCACGCAGAAGAACUGGCAACAGCCGCAGCAGACGUCGCGGGCGGCGGCGGAGGGGUCGGCGGUCUCGACGACGGACGCGGCGACCGACUGCGACCCGUCGUGUCCGUUAGACCCGAUCGUCCGUCGCAAUCUGAUGGCCGCCGAAAACGCCGAUUUGGUGUUCGAUCUCAUCGACAUGUUGAGGAACCGCCUGUGCGACUUUAGCAACGACCGGGGCGACGUGCUGUGCGGUCCGGCGGCAGUGACGCCGCCGCCGUUGCGAGUCGAACACGACGACGCGUCCACGUCCGCAUCCGCCAACACUGCUUCGACCAGUGAUGCCGCGAGUCGAUCGGCACCGCCGGGUGACGCGUAAACCGCUGGCUGCUGUGACGUUCCGACAAAUUUAUUUUAAUUAUCUUUGUAUUUUUUCCCUCUAUUUUUUUUUAUCCAUCACGUGACCGGUGUGUUUAACCGCUGUUCGAGACCCGAAAGAAUAUCGCGCACUUUCGAAGACCAUCGUCAUCAUGUGUAUACGAUGGCCGAUGUCGGCUCGUGGGUACGGUGCUUUCGGACUUGUGUGUGGUGAUAUUACGUAUGCGUUGCAACAACUACGUGGACGUACAGUUUGAAUUAUUCACUCAUAAAAACGGAAAAUUGGAUUGUGCAAAUCGAUUUGUUUCGAUUUACGACAAAUGUGGUUUCACGUAAAAAAGAACAGCACACACACCACCACCCAAAUCCAAACUCGUUUGUUGUCAACUUUUCGAUUUUAUCGUCAAAUAAAAACAUUUUUUUAAAUAAUAAAUUUGAAAUACACACGCA